AUGACCGACGCGCGCGACAUUGCGCGCCAGGCGCGGCUUGCUUUUGAUGCUGCGCAAAAGUCUCUCUCUCUGCGGGGAUCGGAAAGGGCCGACGCGGCCCGCAAUGCGGCGCUGCACGAAAUCUGCGCGGAACUGGAGUCUGCGCGCGACGAAAUUCACACGGCGAACCAAAAAGAUGUCGACGAGGCGAAUGCGCUCGUCGCGCAAGGCAAGCUCUCGAAGCAGCUCGUAUCGCGCUUGGACCUCUUUUCCAAGGCGGGCAAGUGGGAGUCGAUGCUGCAGGGCGUCGCCGACGUCGCACAGCUCACCUCGCCGCUCGACGUCUGCACGUCCGCCAGCCGCCUGGCCGCACCAGCGGGCGCGGCGGGGGCGCUCGACCUGUACCGUGUCACCUGCCCGAUCGGCGUGCUCCUGUGCAUUUUCGAGGCGCGCCCUGAAGUCAUUGUCAACAUUGCGAGCCUCGCGAUCAAGUCGGGCAACGCUGCGAUCCUCAAGGGAGGCAAGGAGUCGAAGCACUCUGCAGCGGUCCUGAGCGGCUGCAUCGCGCGGGCACUCGCACGCAGCGAGCUGCCGGAGCACCUCGUGCAGACCGUGCAGACACGCGACGAGAUACAGACGCUUCUUCACGAAGAACGCUACAUCGACCUCGUCAUUCCCCGCGGCUCGAACGCGCUUGUCAAGAGCAUUCAGCGCGAGGCGCGUAUGCCGGUGAUGGGGCACGCAGACGGAAUCUGCGCGGCAUACGUCCACGAGGACGCGGUGCCGGAGCUGACCAUCGGCACGCUGCUCGACAGCAAGCUUGACUAUCCGUCGGCAUGCAACGCGCUCGAGACGCUCCUGCUCCACCACAGCCACCUCGCCUCGGGGCUCUGGAAGGCGAUUGCCUCGGCGCUGCUCCAAAAGAAGGUGCACCUGCACUGCGACCAAGAGUCGCUCGCGGCGCUCGCCGACCUCGAGGGCGAGCAUGCCUCGCUUCUCUCGCCGGCCACGCCCGAAGACUUUGACAUGGAGUUUCUUGAUUUGGACCUCGCUGUGCGCGUCGUAGACAGCGUCGAAGAGGCCAUCGACCACAUCAACGAGCAUGGCUCGGGCCACACCGACGUGAUCCUCACGGCCCCGCUUUCGGAUGCGCCGAACGCGGCCGCCGAGACGUUUGCGCGUUCCCUUUCCUCUUCGAGCGUGUUUGUGAACGCGUCGACGCGCUUUGCCGACGGAUUCCGCUACGGGUUCGGCACAGAAGUCGGCAUCAGCACGGGGCGCACGCACGCGCGUGGCCCGGUCGGCCUCGACGGUCUGGUGAUCUACAAGUACGUGCUGCGUGGCGCCGGCAGCGGUGCGCACACCGCCGCGUCCUUUGCGCCGGGCGAUGCGCCGCGUCCGUGGGCCCACACGCCGAUUGAAAAGGUAUACCCCACGUUGUAG